GUGCGAAUCCAAUUCCCAUUGCUGCAUUGGUAUAGUUUAGUAUUUAAAAAGUAAAUUUCACUAAUUUUAAACUAAUGUUAAACCAAGUGUAAGGAAUUCUUGGAAAUUCCCAUCGUUUUUAAUCUUUGGUUACUAGGAAUUUAAUUUGGUUUUCGCUUGACACAUGAUUCUUUUAUUAGUAGGAUUAGCUUUUUUGUUAUUUAAAUGUUUUUUAUUUAGCUACGACUUUACUUUUUUAGACGACAAUGGUUGCCGUCCUUGCAUUGUUACAAAUGCAGAUGGUCGCGUUCCUUAGUUCAAGUUCAUUUAGUAGACGGUUUAUGAGCUAACGAAUGUUUUGUAAAAGCAAAAGUCAAUUGAAAAGUGCCUCGAGAACAAAUGUGGGAGGGCAAGCAAAAGUCAUUGCGUGCCGACAAUCGAUUAGUGAAUGCGUUUUUUCAAGAGCGCGCGUAAUGAUCUCACAAUGGCAACAGUUACGCUGAUUAGAAUGGCUUUCCAUCACGACUAAUGAGCAAUAGGCUGAAUGGUGUGUCAGUAGAACAAGGCAAACACUUCGAGGACAGCAGCUUAAUAAUUGAAAUGUCUCAUAUAUAAGCACCUGCUACCUAUUUUUAGCUCUUUCUUAGCCGUGGGCAACACUAGUCCCAGACUCCGACCUUGAUCCAGAUGAAAACCCGCCCGUCGUUUCACUUCUCUUGGAAUCCAGCAUUUUCUAAUCUUAUAACCAUUUUCCUAUCCUAAAUUUUUUUUAUGUGAUGACCGGUCACCAUUUGUAGGACGUGAAAUGACUCGCAGAAGUUCUCCAUAUGCAGGACAGACUGGUUUCUUGGAAAUUCAACAAUUUUUGUUUUAUGCUAUAGGCAGUUAACGGCAAGACUUGGCCCAUUCAACAACACAAAAUCGUGCGCUUAUAAAAUUUUGUCGGGUUUCUUUCAACUAAAUUUAGUUUAAAUUUACCCUAAUUCUAUUCCGAGAUUUUUAUAGUUCGGUAAUAUUAUAAAGGAACAAAAAUGGUUGAGACAAACAACAACAAUAGCCAGCGUCCACGCGUAACUUUUCAAGUAAAACCAGACAAGAAGAAGGGAUUGGCUUUGCUGAUUUAUGACUUGAAGCAGCCCAAACUGAUUCCAGUCAAGCUUUUAACUUUCAUCAUAUUAUCUGGCGUCGGAGUGCUAUUGCCGUUCACCACCAUCCAUAUGAAAUCGUUGGGACUGAGCUUCCAAGAGGUCGGCGCCAUCUACGGCGUUUCAUCAAUUGCAGCGAUUUUAUCUCCUUUUCUCAUUGGUUUGAUCGCCGAUAAACUUGGAAAUUUCAAGAUUUUGAUGAGCGCAGUACACGGCCUUCUUGCUAUUAUAGCGCUUCUCUUUCUGACAGUUCCAGCUGGAAAAACGUGGCAUUUUUACCCUGAAAACAUCACAUUUGCACUCGGUUGUUCGGACAGCAAGUCCGACUAUUUAAAUUCAGCGACUCUCACCUUGACGGAUCUCGACUCGAAUCCUUGCCACGUCCAAUCGAAUUGGAUCCGUGAAAAUUUAAACAACAUUUCUUUGGCACUAGAAGAGUGCGGUUACGUGUGCUACGACCAGCCGUCUGACGUGAUCAAGUCGGAGGCCAUUGAACUCAUUCAAGAAGUAGACCCGUCGAUCCCAAUUGUCGCCCUAAAAAAAGUUGUCCUGCCAAAAGUAGAAUUUCGCGAGGCUGUUUUCUUUCCAAACUACUGGAGCCUUGACACGACUUGCACUCCAACACGAUUUGGAGAAGAUGUUUGCGUUUUGAAUCGAAAAAAUGACAGUCAGACAACACAGGUGAACACGACCAUCGGAUUGGAUUUCUUCAGCGAAUCCGUGAACACCAAAGGAUUAUUCCCAGUGAAGUGGAUGGUAUUGGAAGAUGCCACUGGAAGUGAUCAAAAACAGAAGAAUUUCCAGUGUGGGACUUAUGGUGCAGAUGAAAAACUUCAUCAAACCGUGUACUUUAAAGAUUCGAACCAAGCGGAUAACGAUCGAGCCGUCUACCAGUUCUGCCGGCCUCAGUGUAUCGUCCGGAUUAACCGCUUUGACUUGUGCCACAACAUGGUACGAGAGGAAGUCCUUAAUCCACAGCUCACCUUCUGGCUCUACAUGUGUCUUCGAUUAUUCUUUGACAUUCUCCUCGGCGGAUUAGACUUGUUUGUCGGAGCUUCUGUGGCUUUAGUCGGCGAAUUAGGCGGGGAUUACGGUUUCCAAAGAAUGUUCGGAUACAUUGGAAUCGCUGUUUUUUCGCCCAUAUCUGGGGUUUUGAUUGACCAAUUUAGUGAAGAUGAAAGUGUGCUCGGAAAUACCAGGCCGGCCUUCUAUUUGUUCGCUAGCCUUUUUGGAAUUGCUGCUGUUGGAAUGCUUACAAUCAACCUUGAUUUCAAACGUCCAGCAGAAAAUCUGCUGAGUGAUGUUUCAACAUUACUUAAAAACAUUGAACUGGAUGUAUUGCUUGUCGUCGCAUUUGUUUCCGGAAUCUGCAACGGACACGGGUUUUACUAUUUGUUUUUGUUCCUCGAAGAGAUUGGGGGCACUAGUUCUUUAAUGGGACUGUCUAGCACGUUCCAGUGUCUCACUGUGAUACCGUUGCUUCUAUUCUCUGACCGCAUCUUCCGUAAAUUGAGUCAUCCCAAUGUUCAAGUUCUCUGUUUUGCAGUUAACGUCAUCCGACUAAUCGGAUACUCGUAUUUGCACAAUCCGCAUUUGUGUCUCCUAUUCGAGUCGAUGGAUGCCAUUUCCUGGAAUUUUGCUCGCACUUCGCAUGUAGCCUAUGCCAACCAGUUAGGGACGACGUCUACUGUAGCUUCUAUCCAAGGAUUAUUGGGAGGACUCACCUUUGGAUUAGGAUUUGGUGUUGGGAGCUCUGGCGGAAGUUUACUAAUCGGUGCCUAUGGCCAACGAGUGACUUUUCGCAUUCUGGGCGGCAUCUCCUUCGUUACAGGACUAUUUUACUUUCUUUUCAACAUCUUUUAUUUACAUCCCAAAAAUACUGCGAGGAUUGACAGUGCAGUGAAUCAAAACGAGAUUAUUUCCGAACCAUCGUCAACACUCUCCCGUGAUAGUGGUUCUUGUUAGAAUAUGUACUUGGGUCAUCAUUUGGAUGAUUCAAAUCCAACCCAAUAAUCUACCACCAUUGAAUUUAUUUAUUAGUCCCGAGAAUCCGACUUGCCUCGCCAUGUAUGAAUUCUUACCGUCUUAUACAUAUGCAAGUUUAAUGUC